AAUGCUGUGUCGAAAAAUAAACGAAGACCAGUAAAGUUUCAAAACCCACCCAAACUAACUGUUGAGGACUUAGAAAUAGAAGAACCAACACCAGAACCUGUGAUCAAACCAGUUAAAACUGAAAAAGCAUUAAAG